CACAAUAAUCCAGCUGAUUGGUUUCCCUUCAGGUCCCACGGUCCCAGUCCGCCAUGUCGGUUUCCCUUCAGGUCCCACGGUCCCAGUCCGCCAUGUCGGUUUCCCUUCAGGUCCCACGGUCCCAGUCCGCCAUGUCGGUUUCCCUUCAGGUCCCACGGUCCCAGUCCGCCAUGUCGGUUUCCCUUCAGGUCCCACGGUCCCAGUCCGCCAUGUUGGUUUCCCUUCAGGUCCCACGGUCCCAGUCCGCCAUGUCGGUUUCCCUUCAGGUCCCACGGUCCCAGUCCGCCAUGUCGGUUUCCCUUCAGGUCCCACGGUCCCAGUCCGCCAUGUCGGUUUCCCUUCAGGUCCCACGGUCCCAGUCCGCCAUGUCGGUUUCCCUUCAGGUCCCACGGUCCCAGUCCGCCAUGUCGGUUUCCCUUCAGGUCCCACGGUCCCAGUCCGCCAUGUCGGUUUCCCUUCAGGUCCCACGGUCCCAGUCCGCCAUGUCGGUUUCCCUUCAGGUCCCACGGUCCCAGUCCGCCAUGUCGGUUUCCCUUCAGGUCCCAGUCCGCCAUGUCGGUUUCCCUUCAGGUCCCAGUCCGCCAUGUCGGUUUCCCUUCAGGUCCCAGUCCGCCAUGUCGGUUUCCCUUCAGGUCCCAGUCCGCCAUGUCGGUUUCCCUUCAGGUCCCAGUCCGCCAUGUCGGUUUCCCUUCAGGUCCCAGUCCGCCAUGUCGGUUUCCCUUCAGGUCCCAGUCCGCCAUGUCGGUUUCCCUUCAGGUCCCAGUCCGCCAUGUCGGUUUCCCUUCAGGUCCCAGUCCGCCAUGUCGGUUUCCCUUCAGGUCCCAGUCCGCCAUGUCGGUUUCCCUUCAGGUCCCAGUCCGCCAUGUCGGUUUCCCUUCAGGUCCCACGGUCCCAGUCCGCCAUGUCGGUUUCCCUUCAGGUCCCAGUCCGCCAUGUCGGUUUCCAUUCAGGUCCCAGUCCGCCAUUUUGGUUUCCCUUCAGGUCCCACUGGUCCAGUACAGACACACACACACAGACAUGUCCCUGAUGAGGAGUGACAGGACAGUGGUCUGGUCUACUGGUCCGGUACAGACACACACACACAGACCCCCAACAACUAGCUCCAAGCUCUGAUUGGCUCCAGCCAGCUGGUGGAGGCUUUAGUUAUGACCUCGGGGUGUGUGUGUCCUUGUGUACUUUGCAUCUACCAUCUCUUCAUCUUCCAUCUACCAUCUCUCCGUC